AUGGCUUCUUCAAAUCAACCAACGCACACUCUCAACAAAACGUUUCCCCUUUUCCCCCGUCUUCCGAUCGAAAUCCGCCUUAGCAUCUGGCACCUUACUCUUACUCCCAGAGUGAUUGAGCUGCAGCUCUCGUCACUCACAUCCAACGACCUGUACGCAACCUCAGACCUGUUAUACAAGACCCCUCUCACGCGCCCGCGGCUUCACCCCCUUUUUCAUAUUAACCGCGAGACGCGGUCUGAAGCCUUCGCCAUCUAUCGGCCUCUGUCGCCUCAACCAAACGGCGUGUUUAUGUCCUCUCAUGAGCACCCCUUCGAUCUGACUUCGCACUCACUCGAUACCUAUGUAUUCCUUUUGCCACUGUAUUAUCUCCAGCAACAGCAAUCAGAUCCAGCCGUGAUGUUUUCUGCGAAUGCUGCGCUAGCUAUUGGACUUACACGGGAAUUCGUUUUGGACCGACUUGCUUCGGCAAAUGACGGACUUGACGUUUCUAAGAUCGAGUCUAUGGGCAUUAUGUGGAGCGAUAUGCACAUUAAAGAUCCAUCGACGCUUAUAAAAGCAUUACAACCAUUUAAAAGUUUGAGGCAGCUGUUUAUUUGUUUUGUGGAACAGACAGUCGAGGGCGAGUUGUUUAAGAAGGGGAACAGAAUUGGUGGCUUGAUGAUGUCGCUGGUUCAUAGAGAAGGGUCACAGAUCCGGAGUAGGUUUUUGUUCAGAAUCUUGGACGAAUAUGAAGAGCUCGCCAAACGGAUGAACGUGGCCUUGGCUGAGGCUGGAAUAUCAACGGAGUUAGGGAUUAGAAUGGUGAGACUUGAGACAUGA